AAAAAAAAACUAUGCUUGGCCGAUAAGAAAUUAAAUAUCUUUUGAACUUCUCAUGACUAUAAGAGUAGGAUGAUAUCAGAAGACAAAAACCAUCAUUUGAAAAGAAAAAAUAAAUCUUCAACACAACUUAUAGAAAUGGCAGAAGUGAAGUUGCUUGGUGUUGGUGGUAGCUCUUAUAGUCGCAGAGUUGAAUGGGCUCUGAAGAUUAAAGGAGUGAAGUAUGAAUUUACAGAAGAAGAUUUACAGAGUAAAAGUCCUCUGCUUCUUGAAUCCAAUCCAGUUCACAAGAAAAUCCCAGUGCUAAUUCACAAUUGCAAGGCCAUUUGCGAGUCUAUGGUCAUUCUUGAAUACAUUGAUGAGACAUUUGAAGGCCCUUCCAUUUUGCCUCAAGACCCUUAUGAACGAGCAAUUGCACGUUUUUGGGCUAAGUUCCUUGAUGGAAAGUGCUUGGAAGCCGUGGGGAAAGCACUAUGGAGCAAAUUUGGAGAGGAAGAAGAGAAGAGCAAACAAGAAGCAUAUGAGGUGCUUAAAAUUGUCGACAAUGAACUCAAGGACAAGAAGUUUAUUGGGGGAGAUAAUAUUGGAUUUGUUGAUGUUGCUGCUAAUUACAUCCCAUUUUGGCUUGAAAUUGUUGAAGAGGCUACUGGGGUUGUGUUGGUCACAAGUGAAAAGUUUCCACAUUUGUGUGCUUGGAGAGAUGAAUACCUCAAUUGUAGUGAAGUUAAAGAAAAUCUUCCUGAUAGGGACACAAUGCUUGGUUUUUUCAAAGCUAAAGUACUAGCUGCAACUGUUGCUAAAUGAAUAUCUAUCUAAUUUGUAAAAUUUUAAGAUCUUGUGUGUGGAAUAAAACUCUUCAUUAGAGGAA